GGUUCCCCCCGCGCCCUCCACCGCCGCCUCCAGCCUUCAGCACCGCCCGCCCGGGACGCGGCUGCCGCCGGCGGGACAACGAGCCUGGCCCCGAGCGCAGCAUGAGCAACCUCCCCGCCGAUCGGGAGGGCGGCCCCGCCGACACCGGCCUGCCCGAGGAGGAGGUGAGGACGCUCUUCGUUAGUGGGUUGCCUCUGGACAUUAAGCCCCGGGAACUUUACCUGCUCUUCAGGCCCUUUAAGGGAUACGAAGGGUCCCUCAUCAAACUCACCUCCAAGCAGCCCGUGGGCUUUGUCAGCUUUGACAGCCGCUCCGAAGCAGAGGCAGCGAAGAAUGCACUGAAUGGCAUCCGCUUCGACCCCGAGAUCCCCCAGACGCUGCGGCUGGAGUUUGCCAAGGCCAACACCAAGAUGGCCAAGAGCAAGCUGGUGGGCACCCCAAACCCCAGCACACCACUCCCCACCGCCAUACCUCAGUUCAUCACCCGGGAGACCUAUGCGCUGGCUCCCUCCCUCCGAGGCUGGUUCUCAGGGCUGGAAGUCCCGUCAGUUCUGCUGAAUGCCGGGUCUCAGGUGUGUGAUGGUGGCCUACAGUCAGUCUUGUGGGUAUUAAUGGAGUCUUCCAAGGUGGCUACUGGGUUGGCGCGCUCUCUGCAAAACCACAGUGUGCUGGUAAGGCUGCAGUACAGCGGGGCUGUGCCUGGGGGAGGUGGCCCAAGGGGAGGGGGUAGAGGGGCGAGGAAGCCAGUGUAGUGUCCCCGAGGGAACAGGCAGCGAGGUGACAAUUCCUGGGAUUGACCCCUCCUCCCCCUGUGGCAGGACACCUCCAGCACCAAUCCAGCGAUCCAUGCUCUGUCAUUCCUGCAUUUAUCGCUGUUAUCUGGGGUGAGAGUUUCAACAGCCGAGGAAUGCUUCUCGGCUUUGAAUUACCCCCCAGUAAUCUCAUCUCGCUGCGGUGUUCACUUCCUGCCUUGGAUCAACACAGACUGAAUUCCUCUUAAGUGCAAAUUCAGUUCCAACUUAACUCUCAGCUUCCCAGCUGGUGCCUCCCUGGUUAAAACCCCAGGGGCUACAGGAGAACAAUCAGGGCCGUCCUUUCCCUCUGCCUGACCCCAGGGUGCUGACAGCCUGGGCUCUCCCUGCAGGCAUUUCCCAUCUUGCCCUUUCCGGGUUAAACAACUGUCUCUGUAGCUGCUCUCCCUUCUUCACCCCAUUUCCAAAACAAUCCUCCCUCUAUGCUGCAGCACGGGAGCUUCCCCACAAGGGAAAAACGAUUAACCACAUCCCUUUUCUUCACUUUGCCUCAGCCCAGGAUGGCAGCUACCUUUUUUUAACACCUCUCUGUUGUUACAGGCUUGAAAAACCACAAACAAAAAACCUCACACAAGUUUGGAUUCCUCCAAGACUUUCCCACAGCCUCUAUCACACAUCUGCUCUCCUAGAAGAAAAAUGAAAAAGCAUACCUAGUAAUAAUAUUUUCUUCUUUUACACUGUAUAUUUGUGAGAAAGAGUGUGUUACUUCUGAAAGCAUGGUUUGACAGGCAUUGCUGUAGUGUUUGAAAAGUCUUCAAACAGAACCAUAGGAAAGCAGACUGAAAAAAAAAAAAAAUCCAAAAAAAAAAAAAAAGGGCAAAACAAGAGCAAGUAUUUUUGUACCAAACCUCCUAAACAGAACAAUCUUACACUGGGUCAGACCACAGGUUUUGUGCUUGACUUUUGAAUGUGUGUCAGUAGGAGUCUGUAUCCCCCUGCCCCGUCAAUUGCAUGUCAAAGGCAUGAUGCUCACGUGCAUGCAGAUGUCAAGAUGCACAAUUUGGGUGUGUAGGAAUCGUGCUCCCUCUGGCACAGGAAUUGCGCUCUGGCUGCAUCAGCAAGACAUCUGCGGACACUGACAGUAUUACUGUUUUCUUCCCAGUUGUACCAAAUGACAACCAGGCAGGACAAUCAGAAACUUUCUUAUGGUGAUUUUGCUUUUUACCUUAGGUCUACGUUAAUAGCUUGCUGUGCAAAGCUGUGGCACGGUACAACGGGCUCAGAUCAGGGAUGGGCAGAGAUAGCCCACAUAUGUAGCAAGGUGACAAUUUGCCUCUUCCUCCUCUUCCUGCCAUGACUGCUUGAAGUUGUUAUAGGCACCCUAAACUGCUGUAUGAGAAAAAACAAACGACAGACCACUGGUUUGCCGGCUUACUCGAGGCUGGGCACGAGUCCUGAGCGAGCUGACGGGCAAGAGACCGCUUGACAUACCAGUCUCUCCCUCUCCUUGCUCCAGGAGAAAUUUGGGAAGAGCAAAGCAAACCAAAACCUCGAAGAGAUUUAGGUUUCUUGAAAAGGAGGUGCAAAACUUCUUCCAUUGCCUCUCCCCCCAACCCCAUCCUCACUGCGGGGCAUGCUGAGCUCAGCCACUGCCCAGGCUUUGCCGUAAUCAGUUUCCCAGCUGCACUGAAGACAUGGGGUACCCAUGGCCUUGUUAAAUACAUCAUAACCUUUUUCUUCCUCCUUCCUUUUAUUCUGUGGGUAAGCUGAGAUUUCGGCUGCUGGAGCUGGGGCAGGGUGUUGGGUGAAGCAGUGCGAUGGGAAACUGUCCUGUUGGGGUCUUCCGUAAAAAAAAUGGCACUGAUACAGGCAAUGUGAGAAGAAAUCAAUUCCAAGACAAACCCCUGACUGGCUCUAAAAGGAAUGGUAUCAGCGUUUCCAAGCAAUGGACUAAGUCUUUUAGCAAACUAUUUCCUGUACUUUGUCUUGUGGAGAGGAGGGAAGCAUCCACAUUGUCUACUCCGCUUUUGGAAAUGUGUUUAAAGGUACUUUUCUAUUGUAAUUUUUUAAUAAAUAAAACCAGUGAUUAUUAUAAGUUA